CCCUCCUCCCCCGGAAGCCAGGCGGCGCGCGCGAACCGUUCUGCUGGAAGCGCGGGAGUCUUGGUUUGGGGCGGCUUCGGCAGCUGUGCUGAGCUACAGUUAGGGAGGCUCCGCUUCCCUGGGACUUCACGGCCCUGCGAGGCGAAAUGGCCCCGGACUAGAGGGGCCCAGGCGGUGGCAAUGCGGGGGCCGCCGCGACCCCAGGCUGCUUGCAGGGAAGGAGCCUGAGGGCGCUCGGAGUCGUGUGGGCCUUUCCUUUCUUCCUUGGUAGUGACAGUGCCGACUCCGAAGAUGAGCUUCUCCCGUGGCCCCUCUUUCAAGAAGGAGCAUCUUUGGAUGUAUCUGCAGACGCUCGGCUUCGAGCCAGGCCCAGCCGCCACGGCCUGCGGGAAGGUGGCAUCACACGCGCACCUCGGAGUGAACAUGUUCGACAAACCAAACCGUGAUGCCUUUCAAAUAGUGUCUUAUUUCUUGUUUCAAACGCUGGACCAGUCUCUCACCAAAGAAGUUUUCAAAGUUUGUUGGCCUCCAUUUGACCAAAAAAGUGAUACUGAAUUCCGGAAACUUUGCUGUGAAUGGUUAAAAAAAAUUUCUGUGGAAUGUGGAAAUAACUUUCCUCAAGUUGUUGCUUCACUAUUUCUUUCUCCUGGUGGUCCUAAGUUUAUUCACCUGAUGUAUCAUUUCGCAAGAUUUGUUGCAAUAAAAUAUAUAAAAACACAUUCCAAAAAUUCAUUCAAGCAUGUUGCAGAGACAUUUAAUUUAAAGCCACAAGAUUUGCACAUGUGCAUUGCCAGGUCCCAUGUAGCACGUAACAGAUUUUUACAGAUUUUACAAAGACAAGAUUUUGUUUUCCAGAAGUAUCAAGAAAAUGCACAAUUAUUAGAUGAAGAAGUACGAAAUUUAAGAUCAGAAUAUAUAGGACUGCAAAACCAAAUGAAAAACAUGGAACCUUAUGAUGACCAAAGUGAUAUACAAGAAAAAAUUCAAAAGGUUCGGUCUUUGUGGGCUUCAGUGAAUGAAACUCUCUUGUUUUUGGAAGAAGAGAGAGAAAUUGUUAGUUCAGUCCUCAGUCUCGCUGACCAGUAUACUUUAGAUGGAACUAACGUUGCUAUUGAUGUUCCAAGGCUCUUACUUGACAAAAUUGAGAAACAAAUGUGUCAGUUGCACAUAGGAAAUGUUUAUGAGGCUGGGAAAUUGAACCUGUUGACAGUUAUUCAGUUAUUAAAUGAAGUCUUGAAAAUAAUGAAAUAUGAAUGUUGUCAGGCUGACCAAGCAAAACUGACAAUAGACCUUCGCUUCCUUGAAAAAGAGGCCAAAUUACAGAGAGAAAGAUUAUUGGAUCUGCAGCAUAUGAGGCAUAAAUUAGAAGAAGAUCUUACAACUAUAACACAUUCUAUUGUUGAAAAACAAGAAAAAUGGCAUAAAAAGUGGAAAGAAUUUCUUGGUUUGUCUCCUUUUAAUCUAAUAAAAGGUUGGACUCCAGCUGUGGAUCUUUUACCACCUAUGUCUCCUCUUUCAUUUGAUCCUGCCUCAGAAGAAGUAUAUGCAAGAAGUAUUCUUUUGCAGUAUCCUGCUUCGCUUCCAGAUAUACCUAAACAGCAUAACCAGGAAAAUGAUUGUAGAAGAGCCAGUGAUGUACUGGGAACUGUAUAUGAUCUAACAAACAGCCCUGCUUCUUCCCUGUUUCAGCCAGUUUCAUCAUCAGAUGGAAAUAGUGUUACAAUAUUUGAAAAGGACAUGAAGAUUGGAACAUCUAGAGAAAAAACUGAAACAAUUUCUAAGAAAACACCAGAGUGUGAAGGGGAAGACUUUCCAUCAUCAUAUAUGGCAAAGAAUACAGAGAGCAGUGCAUUAGGAGGACCUCUGCCAGUUAAAAAAAUUGAUCCAUUCCAGAAAGAGCAAGAUCACCUGGCAGAAGAGGUUGUGAGGACAGUAUUAUCUGAUUCACCACAGCUCUCUACGGGAAAAGAAGUAAAAUUAGAGGAACUGAUUGACUCUUUAGUUUCUAACCCAUUCUUAACUAGGAAACAAAUUCCCCGAACUCCAGAAAACUUGAUCAGUGAUAUUAGGAGCUCAUGGAGAAAAGCUAUUAAAAUAGAAGAUAACAGAAGUACAGAAUCAAUUCAAGUGGAUACUGAACAUAGAGAAGGUUUUAAGGAUAUUGAUUUUGGCAUAUUACAUGAAACUCUUCCAGAAGAUGUUGGUCAUUUAAGUCUUAAUAGCUCCAAUAGUACAGAGGCCAAUUUCAAACUGGAACCAAAUAGUCCUAUGAACAGUAGCGUUUUCUCAGAAGAUGUUGUGGGAGAAAGACAGACUACUCCAAAAUCAGACUCCCAUGUACAGGCUAUUUACAGUAGAUAUGAGGCUCUGAAAAAAUCUCUUAUCAAGAAAAAGGAAGAAACUUACCUCUUUAAUUCUGAAAUACCUGAAAGACACAAACAAGAACUGAGCCCUGCUCCUCAAACCAUGCAAACAGAUGAUAUGCUUAACCUGCUGGACACUCAAGAUUUGCAUACUGACUAUACAAAACCAUCUUUACGAAUGUCCCCUGGUGAAAGAAAACGGUCUCUUUCACCACUAAUUAAGUUUUCUCCAGUGGAACAAAGAUUGGGGACCACGAGGCCAUAUAGUCUUGGAGAACUUUCACCUUAUUUAAAAGAAGCAGAAAUCUUGAAUAAGAGCCUUGAUGCAAAAGAAUCGCCGUCUGAGUUGAAGAGAUAAUUUACUUACGUUGCACACUUCAGUUGAAGCAAGUUGAUUUAAAAAUAGACUUAUAGCCCUAGCUGAUGUGGCUCAGUAGGUUGAGCAUCCUCCCAUGAAAUGAGAAGUCACCAGUUCGAUUCCUGGUCAGGGCACAUGCCCCGGUUGCUGGCUUGUAGGAAUUGUGCAGGAGGUAGCUGGUUGAUGUUUCUCUCACACAUUGGUGUUUCUCUCCCUCUCCUUUUCUCUCGCUAAAAUAAAUAAAAACAACACAAAAACACCUCAGACUUAUAGGGGUGAGUGGAGGUGGAGGAGUUAUAGGGGGGAUAAAUGGUGAUGAAAAAAAAACAAAGCCAAAAAAGUUUAAAAGACCCCCAAAACUGACAUUUUUCAAGGUCUAAAAAGUCUUAAAUAAUUCCCUUUAGCCUCUUCUAAUGUUUUUAGGUAAGUGGAGUUGAAAUGUGAAGUAUUUGGAAAGCAAACAUCAAGUUAUGUGAAGCCAUUUUGAUUUCUUGAAUAAUCUUAUAAGCAUUAAGAAAAUGGCAAAGUAGUAGUUAAAUUUACUAUAAUUUCAGUGAACUAACAUAAGGAUGAGUAGUUUUUGAUGUACAUUUAUUACAUGGUUAAGAUAAUAGCCAUUGAAUACACUGAUCUUUCAUUUUAGGGAAAUAUAGAACUUUUAUUAUUUCUUAAUGAAACAUUCUGGUACUAACAAAAAAAAUAAAGAGAAAAAUAGUCCUUUGAGCUGUGUAGUCUAAAGGACAAAGUUUGGAAAGCUCUAAAUAGGUUUCAUGAUUGAUUAUUCAAGUAGGUUGAUGCUGAAAAAUGAUAUUUUAUGGAAUAAAGUGCAUGUGGUAUGUGAAGACUGGAGCAGAAUGAAUUUAAUAA